AUGGUCCUAGAACUUCCGGUAGUGGAACUGAUCCUAAACCCAUACUGGUCCUUGAACUGAUUAAGAUUCCACAUCUUCUUCUUCUUCUUUGGCUCAACAACCGAUGUCGGUCAAGGCCUGCCUGUACCCUCUUGUGGGCUUGGCUUUCAGUGACUAAUUGAUUCCUCCCCAUAGCAGGAUAGUCAAUCCUACGUAUGGCGGCGCGGUCUAUUUGGGGAAUGAACCCAUGACGGGCAUGUUGUUAAGUCGUACGAGUUGACGACUGUACUACGAGACCGGCUCAUUCCACAUCAGUCCUGGAAAAGAUCCUGACUCCGGGCCCUGAUACUUACUUACUUACUUAUCCGGCGCUUUGCGGUCUUGGCCUUGUCGUGAUUUUCCAUUAUUUUUAUAUUUUUCUAUUUAUUUCUUUUCAAUGAUUUUUCUAGAUUCAACAUAAGCAACUUUCCUCUUGUAAAUCCAUUACUAAAUUGAUCUAACUUGCAUCGCCAUUUUUUCCAUUGUACCUGUGCCUGUGUCUACUAGAUUGCUUUUCUCAAUAGUUUCGACCAUCUUAUUGUCUAUGCCGGCAAUUCGUUUUGACCUCUUCUUUAAAAUCCUAAUCCAAAUUAUAUUAAAAAAUAUUAUAUUAAAAAAAAACAUACAAUUCUACUCGCUCUCAUUCCCUACAGGCCUGUCUCAGCAGUGUCCGAAACAGAAGAAAUGCAAUCCAAUUGUUUUCCUAUUGUUAUUUUUUCUAUAGGGUUUUCCAAUAGAACUCCAGACCGCGGGACAGAAAGGCGUUGAUCUAUUGAAUUCUGACUUUAAUCAUAAAUCAUUCUUCUCCUUACUUUUCAAAACACUAAAAACUAAGUCAGCGUUGCGUUUUCCAUGAUGGAUGUGGAUGUCAUUGUAGCAUGUAAACUGAAUAAAAAUCAUCCAAGCAACCGGUGAAAAGAAACGCUAAUCAGCCUUUAGUAGAAUUUUUGAAUAAAAAGAAGAAGAGAUUAGUGCAAUUUUAAAAUUAUAUUUUAGUGGCAAAACAAAGAGCUAACCUUCAGGCAAAAUGGCGCAGGCGAAGGCAGUUGCCAAGUUUUGGAUCACAACCACCGACCUGCUCGACCACGUGCUGAAGCACGAAAAACGAAUACAACUAGCGGAACCGACCAAGGACGGGCGGAUCGUGCAUCGCUUGGUGUCGGAUCUGUUCUGUCGUUAUGUUCAGCUGUGCCGCAGCCUGGAGCGCUGCUACGACCAAACGCUGCAAGUCCAGAAGCGAGCCGUCAUACAGCAACUGCUGGAGGCAGGGCAGGCGCGCAUGCUCGAGCUCAGGACGAAGCUGCAGGAGAUCGAGCUGAGCGAGUUCGUGUACGUGGACGGGGCGCUGCAGGAGCAGCAUCUAAUACCGGACGAUGUGCUAGCGGUACGUCCCUGCUACUUUCCCGCACGGCGACCCGACGAACUGCAAGCGCUGCUCGAUGCGCAAAAGCUGCCCCCGUUCAUCGAGCCGGGAAGUGAUGCGGAGGACGGGAGCUCCUCGGACGAAAGCGAACAACCGGAGGAAGAGCAGGUUCCCGUUGGAAAAGGCAUUAACCGGCCCGUCGUAAAGCGAGACCGUCGUAAGGAGCGACUGCAGGCCGCAUUGAACCUGAUCACGGCGCACGAACGGGCACGCCAGGCCCGGGUACGGCAAACGAACUUUCGGCUCCAUCCCGACCGCUACUAUCCGAAACCGAUCGACGAGGAGAUUGUGGAUGUGCCGUACGAGUUUUUCUACCGCCCCGGCCAGUUCAUGCUGUACCCGGUGAAGCGCACCGUCUACAACUGGGACUUUCGGAUGAAGAAGAAAGAUGUGGUCCACUUUGCGUACUACGCACCACCGGGCUGGGAGGAACAAACAGUUCGGGUAGCGUCCGUACGGUGGCCCGAUGCGAAGGAGCUGGCCCUGAAGCAGCAGGCCGAGGACGAUGCUGCGGCGGAGCUGGCCCAGGUCGAAGCGGCGAAGCGUCUCGAAGAGGCAUUGGAACGCAUCAGGCUGAACCGGGCCGCAGCAAAGAUACAACGCUAUUGGCGCAAAUUUAAUGCGCUAAAGGCGCAGAAAAAGCAUCGCUUUGAUAGAUCCAAAUUUUUGGGACUGUUUGAUGACUAUGAACCGAAGCUGGGGGAUGCGCUUGCCGUUGCGGAGGUGCGAGCGGCGCGCCGAGCCCGACAGCCCGAGUUCGAUCGUAGCUUUGUGGCGGCAAUCGCAGACGAAAAGGCACGCAUAUUGCGCAUCCGAGGUCCGGCCCUGCUCGAAGACAUUACCGACUUUGUGCGGGCUUGGUUUCGCGAGUGGUACGACGAGACGCUGGCGUUCGAUCUGAUCCCGGAACCGUUCCAGGGCGGCACGGUGUUGAUUGUGCGCGGCGAAACGCUUACGCCGCUGGAGUAUCUGGCGCUGGAGCGGCAGAAGCAGCUGGAUAAGCUGAAGACGCCCGAGCAGAAGAAAAAGGAAGCCGAUGCAAUGAAGGCGGCGAAGGAGCGCGAGCAGGAGAAGAAGCGGGAGGAGAAGGCACGGCUGAAGGAGCUGGCGCGGGAGAAACGGGCCAGGGAGAGGAAGGAGGGCAAGACGUAUGAUUUUACUGAGCCGGAGUUUAUGACCAAUGCGUACCUAACGCUGGAGGAAACACUCGCACGAUACCGCAAAGAUUGGGCCUUUGUCAACGAGCUAGACAAUCUGCAGGAUCUGCCCAUCAUGGAGUGGAUCACGUUGGACAAGUUUGCCGAGGUCCAUCAAGAACUGCACGCCGAAGUACACGAGCUGCUCAAAUCCGAACGGGAGCUCCUGCAGAUGGCGCUGUGUAAGGACGAGCGGAUGAAGUACAAACCACCGAAACCGAAAAAGCCUCCCCGUGCGAAAGGUGCCAAGGGGAAGAAACGCAAAGAGCCGAUCGAUCCGACAGCUGAUCUGUCCGUUGAAUCCAUCCUUAAUGAGUUGGUCGAGCGAAACGUACUAAAAACGUGUCGCAAGCGAACGUUUGAAGAUUACAUCGGUGACUUCAAUUACGCCGCCUUCGAGAGGCGCAAUCGGCUGGAGCAGGAUCCACCGCCGGGCAUGGGAGAGGUGAGAACGAUACUUCAAUCGUACCUGUACGGGAUGGGACCACUCGCUGCACCGAAACCGAAGUCCCUCUGUCUGGUAGGCCCACCGGGGUACGGGAAAACGUUACUCCUGGAAGCGAUCUGCAACGAAACGGGCUCCACCCUGUUCGACCUGAGCGUUGACACGUGUGGACCGAUCGAACCAAACAACAUGGCGUACUUUUUGCAGCUCGUACUACGCGCCGCCCGCCUGCUGCAACCCUCGGUACUGGCGACCGAGGGUGUUCAUCGUGCGUUCUACAAAAAAGUGCCCCAGUCAGAGCAACCGCUCGAUCCCGCCAAACUCGGCAAGCAUCUAUUCAAGCUGAUCGUUAAGCAGCUCAAACCGGAAGAUAAGGUACUGCUCGUCGGCACCUGCGAUCAGCCGUGGGUGGCGAAGGUAGGACCGCUGAAGAAAUGUUUCGACAAGAUCCUGCUGCUACCCCGACCGGACUAUGGCUCCACCGUACUGCUGUGGCAGUAUGCGCUGCGUCGCUUUCCAACCGUACCGCGCGAUUUGGACCUUUCCGCCCUGGCCAAGGUCACUACCGGCUACUCGGCAGGGCAGAUAUUGGAGUGCGCGCGGCAGGUGCUUAACAUCCGACGCCGCAUGCAGUUCGGCCGCAAGCCUUUGCAGGUGGGCGAGCUGUUGGACCACUUUCUUGCUGGGACCACUCCGCAGUACCCGAUCGCCGACAAGGAGUAUGAGAAGUUUGUCAAAUGGCACCGCAAGGUGGACAAGCUAGCGAAACAGCGGGCAAAGGUGAUGCGCGAGCGGCAACUGCUCGCCGAACAGAUGGCUGCGAAGGCCGCCGGAGCAAAGAAAUGAG